AUGUCAUUUAAUGCUAUUAAAAUAAAGGAUAGAAAUAAGAAGGCAUUAGAAGUGGUUAGAGCGCACAGUAAAAAUGAAUUCUCUAAGAAUUCUUCACAUGGUUCUCGAUUCAGUCUUCCACGUAUCUCUUCGCUUGCAAAUACUCUAAAUAAAAACCUUGAUGAUAAUUAUUCGGCCAAUUCUACGCAAAUAAUUGGUCGUGUUCCUCAUGAAUUCGUUUCCGAAAGAAAUAGCCCUAAAAACUUUUCUUCGUUAUAUUUCGAUAAAAAAUCUAUUUCUCGAGCGCCCGAACACUAUUCACCUUUGAGUCUACCAUAUGAUAGUGGCCAUUUUGAUCGUCGCUUAUCUCAGGUUUCCAGUUCUGGGGCACAUUUGGCCACACCAGAUGCCGUCCAAUGUCGGGAUAACUCCUUCAAUAUUUGCGACCAAAAUUAUUUGCUAUUAGAUCCUUCAUCUGAAAGGAUCAGUCAGCUUGCUGGACGCGUAGAUAGGCUUAAAUUACAAGAUUUACCGGUCAGUACCAGCUUUUUAAAUGCAUCAAGUCUUGUGACGAGUUGCAAGUCUUCCUCGAAACAUCUCAAUUCGAGUUGUUCCAUCGGGAAAUAUCCUCAUGCACCGUCUCUCACCUGCCUUGGUGACAGUUCUGGUAGCACUCUAAAUUGUGCAGUUAGUGUACAGAAGCCUCAAUUAAUCACUUCACUUGAAUCUACUAAAGCGAGUACUCUUCCGCGAUUUCGACGGCAAUCGUUAACUCAUCCCAACUGCAGCUCUCCAAACAAUUCCGUGGCGCAAAGUAUUGUUCCAUCAGCUGUCUCAAAUUGUACUCCUUGUUCUCCAUUCGCUUUAUGUUCCGAUCCUGUAGUUCCACUGGGUCCUUCUUCACCUUGGUAUCGACACUGUCGGCCUGUUGCUCCUGUACCACCUUUUGAUCCAGAUGCCCUUCUACAAGAUGGUUCCAUAUCCUCCCUUUCAUCUUCAGAGGCAUGCUCUCCCGUUAAUAUGGUGGAUUUUGAAAAAGCUAUUCACUCUUUUGACUGCAUUGAUGAUUUUAUGAAGGAUAAAUACGAUGGUCAUAAUAGCGAAGAGAUCUUACGUAAUACUAAGAGUGAAAGUCUGUCCUCGCAACCUCACUGGACUCCUAGGCACCCCUAUCACCAGCAACUAGAAACUGCCAAAGAUCAAGAAAACAUUCAUCGACUUAAUAAUUCUUCAGCCCGUCAGCUAGCGAGAUCCAAUGCCUCACGAUCUGGUGUCGCCCUAUUGUCUACAGAUGUGCAUGAUGAUUGUGAAGACGCCGCGGAAGAAGAAGUUCUGCUUCUGGCAUCAGCAGGUCCUCCAAUCCAUCGGGUUCGUCAUCAUCACCCUAGUCUUCCUCGAAAUGCGAAUAGAAUUGAUGUUCUUCAUCACAAUGAUCAUAUUCCACCUAAAUCUUUUGUGAGAGAUUCGAACCAUAGUUGUGUUAGAGAGCAUACAACUAUCCAAGAACCACAUCCUCUUGCGUCAAAACAUUUGUGUGAUCGUGAGUUUCCUAUUUAUUAA